CAGCGAAGUUCGGAAAUGUUGUUGAUAACAUUCACCAAUUGUCGUUUGACUGUGACUGCAGCACUCACAAACCACCGCAGCAGAUACACUCACGCACCCACCAAACACACAGAACAAGCAAGAUGACGGCACACAAGCAAGCUGUUUUGCGGCUCUACAGACAUAUGCUGAAGGACAGCAAGUCUUGGGCUGUUGAUCGUGGUGUUUGGAUGAAGCACGCGGCAACCAUUCGCCAACGUUUUGAGACGCACCGCACCGCAAACCCUGCUGAGGCGGCAAAGCUCCUGGCAGCAGAGCAGGCCAAGUUUGAGAGUAACAAACACCCCGACCCAUACCGACCAUGCACAUCGCUGGAUGGGUCCAAGUGGGAGCGUAACUGUCCGCCACCAGCAGACGUUGUUCAAGCUGGCUCCAUGUAACCAUUCUGCAAUUGACACGUCAUCUCCGCCCCCAGCCCCAGAGGGCAAAACCCACAAAGCCAAGCAGCAGACGUAACAAAACACCAACAUCACGUGUUUCUUGUCUCUUCAGUGUGUGUGUGUGCGUGUACGUUGGCGUGAUGGGACAGCUUCCUUUGUCGUGGGAGGCCAAAGUCACUGUGGCAUCUCGCGGCAUGUUUCGAGUUGUGCACGUGCGAUUUGAUGCGAGUCUCGCUGCUUGGCGUUUUUAUCGUUUGUUCAUCGGCAAAGUGCAAUACAUCGCUUGAAAUGG